AUGGGCAGGGAUGUGGGUACGUGGCCAGGUGAUCUGACUGACAGCAGGAGGGCGGUGCAGAGUGACGUCAUUAGGAGGCCGGAGGGUGUGUCUGGGUCUCUGGGAGACAGACAUGGCGGAGGCGCAGCAGGAGCUGAGCGGCCUGAGCGAUGAGGCGGCCUAUAGCGCCUGCACUGACCCGUCCCCGGACACCAAGGAUUUUAUGAUGCAACAAACCAUGCUGAGAAUCAAGGAUCCCCAGAAGUCCCUACCUUUCUACACCAAAUGCCUUGGCAUGACUCUCCUCCAGAAGCUGGAUUUCCCCUCUAUGAAGUUCUCAUUAUAUUUCAUGGGCUACGAGGACAAGAAAGACAUCCCGGAAGACAUAAAGGAGAGGACGGCCUGGACAUUUUCCCGUAAAGCGACCCUCGAGCUGACGCACAACUGGGGUACUGAGAAUGAUGAGAAACCGUAUCAUAACGGCAACUCGGACCCUCGAGGAUUUGGUCACAUCGGUAUCGCAGUCCCUGAUGUCUACGCUGCCUGCAAGAGGUUCGAGGAGCUCGGUGUCACAUUUGUGAAGAAACCAGACGAUGGUAAAAUGAAAGGCUUGGCAUUCGUUCAAGACCCUGACGGCUACUGGAUUGAGAUUCUCAGCCCUAACAACAUGGUCUCCAUCGUUUAAUGAUUAAACUUCAUCUCUGCCAUUACAGUGUCUAUGCCUGAAGACUGAGGAGAUGUCAUCCAAGUGCUUUGUUUUCAUUUAGGAAUUCCAGUACUAUGUCAUAAAAUAUAGAUUACUAAUGUAUAAUGCACUGGCCGGGUGGAGUUCAUCCUGUGGUUAUUAGUACAAUGCAUUACCCCAGAUCCCACACACAGAACAUCUGCACACCGUCCUUCUAUGUCCCCUUGUAAUGUCCUAUAUCUGAGGCUCAUACAUGACAGCCGGUGCUAUUAUGUUCUACAUAGAUCAAAGAGAACCUUGGGUUCCACGCUGUAUUAUCUGUCCCCCCCCACUUCCCCAGUACCUGGCAUAGAGACCGGUUAUAGAGUAGAUUUGUGAAUCACCAGUAUUACCAGAUAUUUAUAAUGAAAUUUAGUGCCUUAUUUGGAAGCACCUUAAUACUGAAUGCUGUGAUAUUCAUGUGAUGAAUUUCCAAUAAACCCUUAUUAAAAUGA